AUACUGGGCAUGGGUGAGAAUGCCACACAUUUCUCCAAAAAUUAGAAGAGGAGACGAUUAUGAUUUCACUUAUUGUUAUGCUUGCAGGUGGAACCAAACAAUAAUGACUUUUAAAAAUGUCCCUUCCCAUGUGGUGGUCACUUUUCGAGCAGCAUUAACGGCAUUGAAAAAUCAUGAAUUUGAGUGGACACCAUAUAAUGGGAUCUUACACCAACUUCCACAAGAUUGUAGAGAUGGAAGUGAUAUCUGGGCAUACACUGGUUGGUUGAUUCAUUGGAGUACGGUAGAGCCGCAUGUUGCUCACCGUGUUACAAGACAAUUUGGUUUGGUACAAGACAUUCCGGUGAACGAGUUGUUCUUGUCACCUACCCAACACAGAGAAAUUCACGAUACGUCACGUACUGGAUAAUCCCGACAACAGUUCCAUCUAAUCCAGAAAAUGUGGUAUUUGUAGUCAACCCGGCCAUAAUAGGAGUAGGUGUCCUAAUAGAGGAUAAGAUGUUUGUUUUCUUUCUAUGUAUUA